GCAUUAAGAUUUCUUUUGCGCAAUUCAUAAGGUAUAAUUGGUACUUACCAAUACAGUUUGUAAUACAAUCCUAACUAAGGUAUUUAGAAUUACUAAAAUUAGCUGUGAUUCUGUGAUAUUUAAUAAGUAUAAAUAUGAUGGAAACGAAAAAUGAUGCUUAUAAAGUGAAACCUUUUACAGAGGAGGAAUAUGCUAAACAUAAUAAAGUAUAUUGUAAUCAUCACAGGAAGUUCAUCCGAGUGGGUCCAAAGGGUUAUGUCCUGCCCACUGGGUGGCUAGACCACUCCGAGGACGUGAGGACACUGCCGCUACGACCUGAUGAUAUCUUCGUCGCUUCCUUCCCAAGAUCAGGUACAACUUGGACACAAGAGCUCGUGUGGUUAAUUGCUAUCGACAUGGACUUUGAGAAGGCUAAGUCCAUCCCGCUCACUACGAGAUAUCCGUUUUUGGAAGAUUUCAUGUUUAGGCCAUGGGAUGCCGUGAAGGAUCCAGAUGAAAAGAAAAGACUAGAAUCUGCAAUGAGACCUGCGCCAGAGGUAUUGGCCUCGACCCCCUCCCCCCGCUUCAUCAAGAGCCACCUCCCCAUGUCCCUGCUCCCUGAGGGCACCCUGGACACUGCCAGAGUGGUCUACGUGGCCAGAGAUCCCAGAGACGUAGCCGUGUCCUGCUACCACUUCUUCAAAUCCUUCAAAGAGAACGGAUUGACUGUUCCAUUCAAGGAUUACCACGAGCUAUUUAUAAAUAACUUAGAAACCUGGGCCCCAUUCUUCGAUCACGUGAAGGAAGCGUGGUACCAGAGGAAUCAUCCCAACAUGCUGUUUCUAUUCUAUGAGGAACUUUCCAAGGACCUAGGCUCAGUCGCGCGGAGAGUAGCCGACUUCCUAGGCAAGCAGUACACAAACGAGCAGUACGCCAGACUGCUCGACCAUCUCAAGUUCGACAACUUCCAGAAGAAUACUGCUGUCGAUCUUGUGAAUUUGAGGGCACUAGGGUUGUUGGAAGACAAGGGACAGAACUUCAUUAGAAAAGGUAAGGCAGGCGGCUGGCGAGAUAACUACGACGAAGAGAUGAUACGACGUACUGAGCAGUGGAUGGCAGACAACCUGAGAGACAUGGACCUGCGUUUUGAACAGAACUGAAGAAUGUCCUAUUUAUUUUAUUAUAAUACUUACUUAGUUCGUUUAAUUGAAUUUGUGCUGACUCCAGAAUACACCAUCUAAUUUUAUUUUAAGUUAGUAUACCUGUCAUUUUCUUAUCCGCCGAAGAGGAAAGGGACGGAUAAUCAAAUCAAAAUCAAAAAUCAUUUAUUUCAGACAUGAUGGUCCAUAUUACAUUAAUUAAUUACACAUUUAAAAUAAAAAUAAUAAUUAAAAUCAAAAUUAAAAUACAAUAAAAUUAAAAAUACUUACAAAAUUACUAGUAGUAAUAAAAAUAAUAAUGGACGACUGUUAAUAAAUGAGUGAAUGAAUGAACAACCCGAGCGAAUAAAAUAGGCAUCUCGCUGAUAUGCAUCCCGACUGACGUGUGCUGUCAUCUUAAUUCUGUCGGGUUAUUGGCCAAUGUUUGGCAGGGAAUUCUUUUCUGCCUAAAAUUGACGAGUGUUCCAUAUUUUUUACGCCUGUCGAUUCGUUCCUUUCAUUUUCGGCGGAUAAAAGAAUGACAGGUACUUAUAACUUAAAAUAAACUUAGAUUAUGUGUGCUGGAAAUGCUGGAAUCACAAAUGUUAUAUCUACGUUGUUAUAUGUACCUAGUUUACUUCGUUACUUACAUCGUAAAAUAAAAGUUCAUUAGAAAUAUA